GGACCUUUAAUGUCAGGGCAUGCACUUUACCCGGGGCGCACUCUAAUUUCAGGCGACCAUAAUAAUGUGUAUAAUGUAGAUUUCCGCUGGCAGAAUGGAGCGACGCACAUCCCGCGCUGAGGAGGAGCGAGCGGAGAAGAGAGUGCGCUUCCGCGUGGCGUCGGCGCACAGCGGCCGCGUCCUGAAGGAGGUGUUCAGAGACGCGCUCGAAGACUCCGCGGACACCGACACCACCGCGAGCUCGGAGCCGGAGCGCGCGGGCUCCCCCGUUAUCACGGAGGUCAACGGCCACUUGAGCGGCCUGCUGCUGGGGCCAGAACCGGACGACAGCGGCAGCGAACCGGACGAGCUGCUCGUGUACGCCAGCGCAACCCAGGAGAAGCUUUUCACCGGAAAACGCGUGAACAUCUUCAGCAAGAACGGGACGGUUCGGGGCGUGAGGGACAAAGUGAGCGCGGGACAGGUGCUGUUUAACAACCUGUCCAAGAUGUAUGGGGAUUCCCUUAUUAUGAACCGGCCUAAAAGACCAUGAGAUGUUGUCUGAAAGCAUGGAUGGAUGUCCUGCAGCAGAGGAUGCUGGAUCAGAUCAGGAGAUCACCAACGGGCUGGAGCGUGUGAAAGUGAUGAACAGCGGCCAAUGUUUUUUUUGUUUUGUUUUUUUAAGUGCUUUUCAAUAUUUGUGUAUAUUGUAGUUCUGUAAAUAUAUUUUAUAUUCACUUUUUGCAAAAGCGUUAAAAAAAAAAAAAGGAACUGAAGG